AUGAGAGGAAAUUUAGAAGACCAUAACAUAAUCUUAGAUGAUUUAUCCCACGAGUUGGUAGACCCUAACCAAGGGCGCGGCUUAGGAGGAUCAGCGCAUGGACAUAAUGAGAAUAGCGCCUCGCUUUACUCAAAUAGGAGAAAGCAUAAAGAUGAUAAAACACCCUUUUCUCCUGAGGAGGAUUAGUAUAUGAUCCAAAUAGUUCAGCAGCACGGUAUAAAAAAAUGGGGGUUAAUAUCUGAAUUGGUAAACCAAAAAUUCAACACAUAAAACAGAAACCCAAAGAUUUGCCGAGAAAGAUGGCAUAAUCAUCUUGAUCCAGCCAUAAAUAAAAAGUAGUGGUCUGAUUACGAAGAGAUGUAGUUUAUUUAAGCUCAUUAGACUCUUGGAAACAGAUGGGCAGAAAUAUCUAAAGUUAUCAAAGGAAGGACAGAUAAUGCGAUAAAAAAUCAUUUUUAUUCUAGUUUGAGAAAAAAUAUAUCCAGAAUAAGUAAAGAUGUAGUGACUCUAGAUUAAAAGUUAUCUCCACAAGCGAGAUAGCACUCAAUAUAUCUAAUCUCAUAUCUAAGGGGUCUUUUGUAGAAAUAAAUUGAUUAUGAGAGAUAAUAAAGUGUGAUAGAAGAAUUUAAAGGUAGGGAUACGAACCUAGCGUUCUAGAAUGUAGGAUCUAAUGAUAAAUACUUGAUUAAUAAGUUGAGGAGUUACAAUAUUACAUUGGAGAAAAUUGAUUAGUAUUUGGUUAAGCUUAGGCAGGAUAGUAAUGGUUUGGAUAGCACUAACAGAUAAAAUAUCAAUAAUCUGGCAUAAUUCAUUUAAUUUUCCAAUAUGCAGGAAAAAAUGUUUGGGGAGGAUGAGUGUGAUUAGAAUUAAAGUAAUGGAUCUAGUAACAUGCUGAACUAGAGAACAGCACCCUCUAUUAAUAACCUGUAGUAGUAAAACACUGAGAAACUACAGAGUUUCUAAAGCAACUCACCUGCUAGUAAUUAGGCCCUUUUAGGUUAGGCCUAGUAAUAGUAGCUUAAUAUCCCUGAAGGCUUCUUUAAGCCGAUUCCUUAAUAUACAAGCCCUAAGAUGACACCACCAACAGCAUAGACUCCAGAAAUUCAAGCCAACCAUAUUUAAACCUAGCAUUUAUAAUCACCAUCCAUUCAAAAUCUCUAACCAAAUAUCCAACAAAUUCUCUUGAACCAGAUAUAUCAAUAAAAUAAUCAAAGCGCAAUGAAUUAAAAUGGAUUGGGCAAUAAUGGCUUAAUUCAUGGACUUAAUAGUAGAGGUGUUAUGCAAUAAUAGCAUUCUGGACAACAACAACAAAUGUAAGAUUCAACGUAUGUCUAACAACAGCAACUAAUGAAUAAUCUUGGCUUGGGGUAGUUUACUGGUGUCUAGGCAUUAAGCACAUAGAAUAUCAAGAUGAAUGAUCUACUGCUUGCUUUGAAUUCUUUGAACAGUUAGUAGCCAAAUACCUUUUCAAGCAUAUCUCCCUACAAAAGAAACUUGAUUUAAGCAACUCUUGAGUGUUAAAGUCUGAACUCUAGUGUUACAUCCUGGACAGAUAAAAGCUAGAGUCCUAAAUUCCUAUCUGACAACGAGUCUGUAAAGAGUGAUACAUCAAAUAAGAGUGCUCAGCCAGUCUAUAAUGGUAGAGGCAGCUUCUUCUUCCCAGGCUAAUAGUAAAGAUUCCAACUUUAGAGUUCACACUCAUUCUCUGAACUUCCUCAGGGGCAAGAUCUCCUACAAAAUAUUAAUGGUGCUGCUCCAGGCUAAAACAUAGUUUAUGGAUUAAUUCAAAAUAAUGGUCAUUAGUUGCCAAUGUAAAGGAAUUCAUCAAACGGAGUAGUUUAAAUUCCAAUAUAGCAGUAUCAAGAUCCAAAUCACCAAUUGAGAAGAAGCCAUUCUAGCAAUCAAAUUCAAGCUUAUGAUUAUCCAAUGGGGAGGAAAAAAUCAUUAUUCUAUCAUUAGCACAACGGGGGAUAGCAAGAUCAAGAUGCCUGCUCAGACGAUGACCUUGUUAGAAGUGAUGUUGAGAGCUGA